UCCUGUUUUCAUACAGGAAACAGCAAAGCCAAGCAGCAGACAAGGCAGACACUCAUACACGUAACUUGCCAGAGGUUGAAACAGAGAGCCGACCUUCUCUUCCUGGACCGGUGGACCCCCACAGUGCCUGGAGACUUCAGCAGCCUCCAGCAUGGAGAGUCCAGAGCACCCCGAGAGCCCUGGCUGGACAGGACCUGUAACCCCGUGUACAACAAGGACCAGGCAGGAAGCACCAGCCACAGGCCCAGACCUUCUCUGUGUAGGACCUGACGGACAUUUAGAUGCCCUCAGUGGCCCGAGCUCCAACUCCAGCAUGACCACUCGGGAGCUGCAGGAGAGCUGGCAGAAGGAGAAGGGCCACUGGAAGCCGGUCAAGCUGCUCUUUGAGAUCGCUUCAGCACGCAUCGAGGAAAGAAAACUCUCGAAGAUCGUGCUGUACCAGAUCGUCGUCGUCCAGACCGGGAGCUUCGACAGCGGCCCGGCGGUGGUGGAGCGGCGCUACUCGGACUUCGAGCAGCUGCACCGGAGCCUGCGCAAGGCGUUCGCGGAGGAGAUGGAGGACGUGGCGUUCCCGCGGAAGCGGCUGGCGGGCUGCCUGGCGGCGGCGGCGGUGGGCGAGCGCGCGCGCGCGCUGCGCGAGUACCUGCGGCAGGUGCACGCCCUCCGCGCCGUGCGCCGCUCCCGCGAGUUCGCCGACUUCCUCACGCGGCCCGAGCUGCGCGAGGCCUUCGGCUGCCUGCGCGCCGGCCGCUACGCGCGCGCGCUCGAGCUGCUGGGCCGCGCGCUGCCGCUGCACGAGAAGCUCACGGCGCACUGGGCCCCCGCGCGCGUGCCCGCGCUCUGCGCGCUGCUGCUGUGCCACCGCGACCUGGGCCGCCCCGCCGACGCCUUCGCGGCCGGCGAGCGCGCCCUGCGCUGCCUGCAGGCCCGGGAGAGCCACCGCUACUACGGGCCGCUGCUGGACGCCAUGGUCCACCUGGCCUACGCGCUGGGCAAGGACUUCGUGUCCCUGCAGGCCCGGCUGGAGGAGAGCCGGCUGCGGAGGCCCGCGGACCGCAGCGUCACGCUCAAAGAGCUCACGGUGCGCGAGUACCUGCCCUGACCCCGCCGCCCGGCGGCCCUUUGGGGCUCCCUUUGGGGCUCCCAUGGUGCCCAGGGAAGCCUCUGUUUGUGUCUUGUUUCCCUUGGGUGCCGGGCUUGUCAUCCUAGCCAUUCAGGGGACUGAGAUCUGCAGAUCAUGGUUCGAAGCCAGCCUGGACAGAAAAGCCCGUGAGACGCUUAUUUCCCAUAAGCUACCAUAAAAGCCAGAAGUGGCACCGUGGCUUACGCGAUGGAGUGUUAGUCCUUGAACAGAAAAGCUUAGGGACAGAGCCUAGGCCCUGAGUUCAAGCCCCAGGACCAGCACAAAAACAAAAACAAAAUCCCUACAAGCUCAGCUGCCAAGACUUUGGGAAUGAUAUGGAAAUUACCUGUUUCUGUGCCCUGCCAGAGGAGAAAUUUAUGUCGAGUGUCACCCAUAAAGCAGCACGUCAUUUUCUGGCCAGAAGGCUCUCUCCAGCGGCCCAGGCUCCUUCCUCUCCUCCUGUGGGCCUGAGGGCUGCUUGCAAAUAUUCCCAGCCAUCCUGACGUCUAUCUUUUCUCUUGUAAAGCCACCCCUCUCCCUCAGUAGGUUCAAAACUCAUAUUGCCCCUCCAGGUCAGCUUCUCCCAACCCUCCCCAGGAUAAUGUCUAGUCCAAUGAUCUGACCUGAUUAGUGAUCCAGGCUGGUUUGAGUCAAUAUAUGGAAGGCUGGGACCCUGUGAAGACCUAAGCCAUCUGGCUGAGCUUAUCAAGGUGCAUUAAGGGACUGUAAUUGGAGAACGUUAAUAUGGGGAACCACCUUGUCCUGGAUAGGGGUCUGGCUCAAAGGAGAGGUCAAGGUACUCAUGGACCAGCAUUCACCAGACUGCACCAGAUGCUGUUCAACAGCGUCACCUUGUGGUAGUCACUGUAGUGUUUGCCAAGAAAGUCCUUAAGUCCCUGAAUACUGGAGGAGGAAGACAUUCAACUGAGCAUAUGAGAAAUUAAAGUGCUGAAUGGAAA